AUGGGAGCGCUCGGGAUGAUUCUGACCCAUCCCGGGGACGUCCCGUCGCUGCUCCGGGUGGCGAUGAUGGCGAACCGGGCGAAGCGAUUGCCCAGAGAUGCGAAUCUGGCGUACUGCUACGACGUCCUGAAUAAAGUGUCGAGAUCGUUCGCGAUCGUGAUUCAACAGCUCGACGAGGAGCUGCGGGACGCGGUGUGCGUGUUUUAUCUCGCGCUGCGCGCGCUGGACACGGUGGAGGACGACAUGUCGAUUCCGAUCGAUGAAAAGUUGCCGCAGUUGUAUGAUUUUCACGAGUACAUCUUUGACCCAAAGUAUUCCACGGAGUGCGGGGAGAAACAUUACAGGGAUUUGAUGAUGAAUUAUCCGCGCGUGACGAGCGUCUUUUUGAAGCUGAAAAAGCCGUAUAGAGACGUCAUCGCGGACAUCGCGAGGAGGAUGGGCGCGGGCAUGGCAAAGUUCAUCGAGAAGGAGGUGAUGGAUAUGUCGGAUUUCGACGAGUAUUGCCACUACGUCGCGGGUUUGGUCGGCAUCGGGUUGUCCAACCUGUGGGGCGCCUCAAAGAUGGAGAGCGAGGAGUUCAUCGGCGAGGAGAAGCUCUCGAACGCCAUGGGAUUAUUCUUACAGAAGACGAACAUUAUUCGCGAUUAUCUGGAAGAUAUUCAGGAGCUCCCGGCGCCUCGAAUGUUCUGGCCCAGAAGCGUGUGGAGCAAGUACGCCAAGGAGCUCGACGAGUUGCAGCACGAGGAGAAUCAUGAAAAAGCGGUGCAGUGCAUGAACGAGCUCAUCACGAACGCGCUGUCGCACACGACGGACUGCUUGAAGUACAUGGGACGGAUCAAGGAGCCUUCCAUCUUUCGAUUCUGCGCCAUCCCGCAAGUCAUGGCCAUAGCGACCCUGGCUGAGUGUUACGGAAACGUAAACGUAUUUAAGGGCGUGGUGAAAAUUCGUCGCGGCCUCAGCGCGCGCAUCAUGUUGAACUGCAACAACAUGUAUGAGUUCGCCAAGGGAUUCAAGCACUUCGCGAGCGAGCUCGUGCACAAGGUUGAUCCGAGGAACGAUCCAAAUGGGGAGGAGACUAUGCAGCGCAUCGAGGCGCUCGAGGAGGCGUGCGAUAAGAUCAUCGCCGAGGAGAGCGAGCGAAUGCAGCUCAGUCGCAUCGAGGACGACACGAUCCCGAUGACGACGCG